AUGCAAUGUACUUUCACAGGUUGGCAAACCAGAUGGUUUGUGCUAGAAAACGGAAUCUUAUCAUAUUAUAAAUCUCAAGAGGAAGUUAUUCAAGGAUGCAAAGUAAACAAUAUUGACAAUACUCGCCUGGAUUUAGUCAUUCCUGGUCAACAGCAUAUGUAUUUAAGAGCUCCUUCUCCACAAGAUAGACAAAAGUGGUUGGUAGCUCUUGGCAGUGCUAAGGCUUGUGUGGAAUCCAUUAUUGAAUUUAAAGGAACUGGUUAUGAAGAUUCUUUGACUCACAAGAAAUCAGAAUUGCAUCUUUACUGUGAUCUCCUAAUGCAACAAGUGCAUGCAGUUAAGAGUGCAGCUACAACUGAAGGUGGUCCAGAUGUCCAGAAAAUAACCGAAGCUUCUAGUCUACUGACAGCUACCUGUGACACUUUCAUUAGAACACUUGAGGACAUCAUGAAAAUUACGAGUACUACUACAAGUAUUACAAAUUCUAUACCUUAUGAAAUGCCAGUUCCUAAUUUAGCUAUUAAUAAAAAUAGCAGCAGUACAAGUAAAACGACAUCCAACAAAAACCUUAUACCUGCUCGGUCAACGUCACAAGAGAAUAGAUGA